ACGAACGCGGCUCUCGGGUGCGCUCGUCGCUCUCCUCUCUCUACGUCUUCAGCUCGCAUGAGGGAAGAUCGCGCCGACUACUGAUCACGGUGUGGAGCCAUCAGCAGACUGCGAUGCUGGAGCUGUUGCGCGCAACGGCGCCGACGCCACCAGGAUCGCGACGCGAGCGUCAGCGUCGACGCCACUCGCUGGCGGGCCCGCUGCCCACUAAACCGAAAGCCGCCCCCGGCGGGGGGCGCGAAUCGCCGCCUCCGAGCAUCGAAGCCGGCGACACGCAACACCUGGCGCGGCUGUUGUGCGCCUUCGAGUGCGUCAACAAUCAACCGCAACAAAUCCAACAGCGGCGCCGCGUCGCCCCCAGAGCGGUGCCGCCCGAGCUGCCCACUGGGCAGGCGGACCCCCGGCGCCGAUCCGCCGUCAACCCUAUCAACUGUCAUAUCGUCACCGGACAACCCUUCAGAAAUGAAGGCACGGCGAGGAUGAGUUCUCCGGAGGGAGCACGGCCGGGCACGCCGCCCGCGGCCCCACCGUCCCCGGCCCCCGCAGCCCCUUCGUCGCCCAGCCUUUCGGCCAGGGUGGCCAGCCCGGACAGGGACAAGGGCACCCUCAAAGUUCACCUGCCCAAUGGAGGCUUCAACGUCGUCAAGUUCGAUGACGCCAUCGAUGUCAAGGGCAUAAUAUCAUUAGUGACGAAUAGACUGGCCAACGGGAGACGUGCUUUUGAGCAUUUGUACGCGAUGAGACUCAAGCACGCUCCAACAGGCAAAAUCUACUGGCUGCACCAAGACACAACGAUGUACCAGGUGCAGGAAAAGUACGAAAGAAAACACCCGACCUCCGAGUGGAGGUACGAGUUGCGAGUCCGUUACCUGCCCAAGAAAAUGUCUGACCUGUGGGAGCAAGACAAAGUCACAUUUAACUACUACUACGACCAAAUUCGGCACGACUACUUGUCAGCAGACCUUCCAACCACCCUUGACCAUGAAGUGACUGUGCAAUUAGGCUGUCUGCAAAUGAGGUACUACUUCAUCAACUUGACCAACAUGUCUUUGGACAAGAAGGUCAACCUUGAAUAUCUGGAAAGAGAGGUUGGAUUUCACAAAUUCCUGCCACGCUCGGUGCUGAAAACAGCCAAACCUAAGGCACUGCGCAAAUCCAUCCAACACUACUUCAAAAAGUACGCCAGCCUGAGCGAAGAGAGUCUGCUCUUCCAAUUCUUUGACCUCCUCAGGGGAAUUUACCGCUUUGACGAGGAGAGGUUUAGCUGUGAUCUUGGAACUGGCUGGUCGAUUCCUGUUGAAAUGGUCAUAGGCCCUGAUUUGGGAAUCAGUUACAUGUCGCACAGGAAUACGGAUCAUGUCGGAGGUCUGCAGCCAGUUCGAAUGGCUGAAUUCGAAAGAGUGCUUAACAUUCAGACGCUAGUGUCGGACUGCGGCACCCACUCGAAAGGGGUGGUCCAGCUCAAGGUGGCGGGCACUGCCGAAAACUUGACCAUCACCCUGGCGAGUAUCAAUGAGGCUGAGAGUCUGGCAGACCUGAUAGACGGCUACUGCCGGCUGCACAAUCCCUCUGGGCCUUCCCUUUGGACCAGAAAAGAUGCCACAUGGGAAAAUUACCCAUGUCCUUGUGCUAAAGAACGCGAAAGGCUAAAGUUGAAGGAGAGUGAGAGCAAGGCUGGCAGCAACAGCACAAGCAGUAGUAGUUCAGACACCAGAAACAAAACAGGCACUAUUCUUUCAGAAGACUACGCCGAGGUUGUGGACGAAGAGGGAGACUACUCGACACCCUCAACUCGUAACUACGAAUUGCAAAGAAACAUGAUAGACUUGGGUGAAAUAAUUGGCGAGGGCCAAUUUGGCGAUGUCCACAAGGGCGUCUACAGGGGAAGGGACGGGAAAGCUCAAGUGGCUGUGGCGGUCAAGACUUGCAAAGUGGACGCAGAUCUUGCAACCGCGGAAAAAUUUUUGGAAGAGGCCUAUAUUAUGCAGCAGUUUGAUCAUCCACACAUCAUCAAGCUAAUUGGAGUUUGCUCGGAGAGUCCAAUUUGGAUUGUAAUGGAACUUGCGAAGCUUGGGGAGAUGAGGGCUUACUUGCUCAGCAACAAGAGCCGCCUCGACCUGGCCACGCUUCUCCUCUAUUCCUACCAACUCAGCACGGCACUAUCAUACCUCGAAUCAAAAAAAUUUGUGCACAGAGAUAUUGCUGCUCGAAAUGUGCUAGUCUCGAGCCACCACUGCGUCAAGUUGGCCGACUUUGGCUUGAGCCGAUGGGUGGAAGACCAGAGCUACUACAAGGCUUCAAAGGGGAAACUGCCCAUCAAGUGGAUGGCCCCAGAGUCAAUCAAUUUUAGGAGGUUUACUACUGCUAGUGACGUUUGGAUGUUUGGUGUUUGCAUGUGGGAAAUUUUGAUGCUCGGCAUAAAGCCCUUCCAAGGUGUGAAGAAUAAUGAUGUGAUUGGAAAAAUCGAAAACGGGGAGAGAUUGGCCCUUCCAGCGGACUGCCCACCUAGACUGUACAGUCUGAUGUCUCAAUGUUGGUCCUACGAACCUAGCAAGAGACCAACUUUCAAGGAAAUUAGAGAAGUUUUAAAUGAAAUUCUUCUUGACGAGAGACACCAAAAAGAGGAGACGAUGCGUCGAGAAAACCGGAGGGUGCAGGCAAUGUCCUGGGGCUCCUCAGGCUCCGACGAUCCAGCACCCCCGAAACCUUCCCGCUUCCCCAAUGACCCAGCUUCCGGCUACAGCACUCCACCCCCGCAGCAGCCACCCGUCGUAUCCACGUACAUUGUUGCCCAAAACCCUGAGGUUCUGAUGCAGCUGAUGAGGGAGAACGAAGGCCGCGUCCUCAACCCAGCCGUCUACACCCUGCCAGCGUCUGCAUUCAACACUCUAGCGGUAGAUUUUGUUGGCGGCGCCGCUUCUUCCUCCACCACAUCUACCCUGUCCUCCACCUCUGAAGAAAUGCCCCUCCCCCCACCCCCCUCUGAUCAUAAUACUGCUUUCGAUAGCACUCUGCCCUUGAGAGGGCCACUCGCGGGUGACGCGAUUUCCGAGCAGGGCCCCAUUGCUGAUGUACCUCCUGCGGAAGAGGACCAGCAGCUUCUCGAGUUGGAAGCUCGACUUCGAAGGCAACAGAAAGAGUCUGAAGAGGACAGCAAGUGGUUGCAGGAGGAAGAGAAUAACCUGUUGGACUUGCAGAAAAAGAGAAUAUCAAUAGCGACAAGUCUAAGCGACCGCUCGGACACAGACUCGGCAGCCGAAGCUUCCUGCUCUCCUCUGAAUUCGCUGGGCCACAGCAAGUCACCGCAGAGCGGCACCCACAGCAGGUCCUUGGACCGCUCCUCCACCCCGAUAAGCAAUGGCUCCACUGAAGAACGCGCCAUCGUCAUCAAGAAACUCGAAAACAACCCCACAGCCGACCUGGACAGAUCCACGGAUAAGGUCUAUGAGUGCACCACUCAGGUCGUCAGGGCUGUCAUGGCGCUCUCUCAAGGUGUGCAAGCAGGUUUGGUGUCUCAAUAUUUGGAGCUGGUGCGCAAAGUGGGCAUCGACCUUCGCUCUCUGCUCUCAAGCGUGGACAUUUUAGUGGCUGUGUUUCCUCCCACUGCUCACAGAGAGGUUGAAAUGGCUCACAAGGUGCUGAGCAAGGACAUGGCAGAGUUGGUUAACUCUAUGAAAUUGGCCCAGAGCUACAGCACGACAACUUUAGAUGCUGAAUAUAGGAAAGGAAUGCUUUCUGCAGCCCACGUCUUGGCAAUGGAUGCCAAAAACUUGCUGGACGUCAUCGACUCAAUCCGGCUGCGUUUUCCUGAAGUAAACUCGUUCAUCUGCUCCAACGGCAUCUGCUCCGGUGACCCCUCUGAAGCUGCCUCGGGAGGAUUGCAACAGCAAAACGCCGCCCUGUCGAGUUAACACAUCGUAGAAGGGUGCUAUAGCCACUGUUCCUCUCAAGCGGAAUGAUUUUUUUUAAUUAUUACUAUUUAAAAUUUUCUUUUGAAUUUUAAUUAAUCAUUCUCGGUGCAGCACCAGACAACUGUUAAUCAACCACUAGGCUAGUCAUAAUUAAUUAUCUUGAAUUAAAGCGAGAUUUUUUUUUUUAAAUUAGAGAAUGCUUCACAAUUAAGACUGUGAGAAGGAAAAUGGUAGUGAAUCGUUUCAUUACAUUUUAACACCUUCGAGUUUGCUGCACAUUUUAAAUUUUAAAGAAAUGACACAUUCCUGAUUGACGACCAAUCGCAAAAAUUUCUUUUUUUACAGUAAAAAAUUCAAGAACACCAGCCCUCUACUUAUGCAGCUUUUAUUUCCAUUCCGUCACAAGCAGAAUUUCAAAAUUGUUUCAAUAAUCAUCAGAACAAAUGGGGGAUUUUUGUACGUUAAUUCUUUCAAGACCUAGUCAUGCAUUUACCGUGCCUCAUUCAAAUGCACCAUAAUUUUCUCAUAUUCUCUCUAAAAAAUAA